CAGACAAGAAUUUUAUCGACUUGAGAGGCUGUCGCGUUCUCUCCCUCUUCAAACUUCUCGCAAGAGGGUAUUUUCAUUCAAAUUAUUGAAAGAGAGAAUGUUGGGAAGGCAGUGGGGACAUGGGAACCGGAUAUGGUGGAAUUAUAACGAGGAGAAAAGCCAUUUUUCGUCACGCGUCAGCUACGUAGACUAUUAUUGACGGAGUCCACUUGUCAGACUUGUCAGUGAGGCUUGAGAGAGGAAAAGGACGAUGUAGAUGUUGUUAUGCGCCUGCGCACAUGGUUAUGGAAGAGUUCAUUUCUCAGUGCAACUGGGUUGCGUGGGGAAUAAGGUCAACGGCUUGUUAAGGAGAUUGAAGACUUGAUGAGAUGAUUUCGUUGCGUAGUGAGGUCGGGCUUUGAGAUCUUUCCGAAUUUUUCGUUUAAUUUGUCUUUUUAUAGUUGAUAUUGAACAUUUUUGUUGUUCUAGCAAAAAAUUAAUGCUCGUUUGAAGAAAGACGCUUUGUCAAAUCGCUUAGGAAUUUUUCCUUUCGCAAUUGUUCUUGGUUAUUGUUGUAUGCAGUUAGUUGAACUUGAAUGCUUGAUUUAUUAAUGCGGAUCAAAUGCUAAGUUUUUUAGUUUUUUUUAUUUAUUUAUUUAGCGGAAUUAAAUUAAUAUCUUAAUUGAUUUGAUGAAAUUCUUCAAUUCGCUUUGGAAAAUUACUAUUGCAGCGCGAUAGUUUUGCUGUUCAGAUUAUUUUGACGAAUAUCAGUCAUAGAUACUUAAUGAAUAAAGUUUCAAAUUAUCUUAUUUAUGUUUUAUGUCUAAAGUACGACUGAAUUAUACGUUUUCGUCAAUGUUUGACAUUUUUGUCAUUAAAUUGACUUCUUUACGGACAGUAUUAUCAUUUUUUAGUCUUUACCGUGAUUUGAAAUUGAAGAAACGUAAUUCAUGUCGUACGUUGUAUAGCGUAUGAGCCACUCUCUCUUAUUCUCCUUUUGUAUGUUUUUUUACUUAACUUAACUGAAUUGAAAAUCAUCAACCAAAACCAUGGAACGGCAAGUUAUGCAAGAAUUCAUUGAAAUAUAUCAUAGUGAACAGUCUUUGUGGAAAGUCCGAUCCAGCCAUUACAACAACAAGACAAUCAAAAGUAUGGCCUACAGUAGAUUGGUUGCAAAACUUCAGGAACUGUAUCCCAAUGCUGACAUAGAGUUAGUCAAAAGAAAAAUCAAUGCUCUUCGCACCAAUUACAGAAAGGAGUUAAGAAAAGUCGAAGCAUCUCGUGAAAGAAACAGGUUAACUGGAGAACCAAUAUACGUUCCUUCACUAUGGUACUACGAAUUAUUCCAAUUCAUUGGCGAUCAAGAAAACGAAGAUAUUAUCGAGGUGUCUGAUGGAAGUGGUGUUUUCGAUGUCCAGGAUGUACUGAGAGUGGACUUUGAUGAAAAUGUCAACCACUAUGAAGGUGAAGAUAGUGACGAAUUUGAGGAGGAGUUCCAGGUUUCCAGUCCCGAAGGAAGUUCCAAAAAUGCGAUGACAAACGGAAAUAUGCGCCAAAUCAUGAGUUAUGACAAUCCUCCACCACCUAAAAGACGACGUAAUGUUUAUAAGAGCGAAGAUAAAAGACAUUUACAGCGAACACUUCAGCAAUCAGCCGAUAAGUUAGAUGGACACGAAAUGUUUGGUCGAUAUGUUGCCUCACGUUUACGGACAAUGGACCCAAGCAUGCAGACACUUUCUGAAAGGUUAAUUUCCGAAGUACUCUUCAGAGGACAAAUGGGACUUUUGGGAAGAAACACUUGUAUUAGUGACGAUGAUUUACCGAUACAUCCAAUCAAAAUUGAAGAAUGAGUGAAGGAUUUUGACUCUAAACAAAACGUAACCAUGUUUUUGGUAAUAAAUGGGACUUAAAUGUAAAGACAUUUUUUAUGUGAUAAUAUCUUGCUUAUAUACUUGUUUUAAAAAAAUGUACUUAUUCCAGGAAUUCUCCUUUUAAGAACAAAUUAAAGAUCUGUUGUUCAUAAUGA